CAUGUCAGGGUCCAUGUUCAAGGCAUCACAGCUCUCCGUCGCCAUUUUGCCGUCAAUGGAGAGGGGCGGGGCCACACACUGCAGUCGUUACGUACACUGUAAACAGGAAGUAGCCCGUCAGAGAAGAAGAGCAGUUUGCUUUAUCUUCUGACCUGAGCGUGAGUCAUGGGCAAAAGCUGCAAGGUGGUUGUGUGUGGCCAGGCUGCAGUUGGUAAAACGGCUAUAUUGGAGCAACUACUGUAUGCCAAUCAUGUUGCAGGUUCAGAGCCCAUGGAGACCCUGGAGGAUAUCUACAUCGGCUCCAUAGAAACUGACCGCGGCACGAGAGAGCAGGUGCGUUUCUAUGACACCCGCGGACUCAGGGAUGGGAUGGAGUUCCCUCGACAUUACUACACUUUUGCAGAUGGCUUUGUACUCGUCUACAGCGUUGACAGCAAAGAGUCCUUUAAGCGGAUGGAGGCUCUCAAGAAGGACAUCGACCGUCACAGAGACAAGAAAGAGGUGACCAUCGUUGUGCUCGGCAACAAGCUGGACAAGCAGGACGAGAAGAGAGUUGACUCGAACAUGGUGCAGAACUGGGCGAAGAACGAGAAGGUGCGUCUGUGGGAGGUGUCGGUGGUGGACCGGCGCACCCUGAUCGAACCCUUUGUGUACCUGGCCAGCAAAAUGACCCAGCCUCAGAGCAAGUCCACCUUCCCCCUCAGUCGCAAUAAGAAUAAGGGCAGUGGCUCUACAGACAGCUGAGUGAGCACACGCUGUUGUCAGGUUGAAGCGGGAGGAUAAAGGGAGAAGAAGCGUGUUAAAAAGGGAUCUUAGUUUUGCUAAAAAACUAUUUUAAUAUAAUGAAGGAUUGAGAAUGUGGAGAAGUGAUGAUGAGAAACAGGCAGGAUGAUUGUGUGGGUAUUUAUAUACAGUGAGUACUGUUUGUAUUCUGGUAUACUUUAAUUAUAAAUGAGUGAAAAUGAGGAUAUUUGAUGAGCUAAGAACUUUUAUAUUGGUCAUUCCUUUUGAUUAUUGUCAAACAGCCACAUUCAGUUACAAAUGUAACAUCAGCAGUCAUGUUUCUACUACUGACGAUCCUCAUUAUGAUCUCAACUUCUACUUACACAGUCCAGCAUUCCAGAUAUCAGAGACUCACGGUGCUCACUGUAUACAUACAAGAGGAACAAGCACACAUAUACACUGGCUACUAUUUUAUUCACGUGUGCACUACAUGUGUACACAGAUUGAAUCAGCGGUUGCUCACCAUGUUACUUAAUUAUUGCGUCACACAAAUGCUGAAUUCCACAUGUUGUAAAAGAUUUGAUUGGUGUUUUAUUGAUACAUUAUUGAUGAUGUGCAGGAACUGUGCUGUUUGUUUAUCUGGAGAUUUGUUACACUACGUUUGUUCUUUGCUAGAUUCACUGUUGGAUGUAGUACAGUGAGUGAUUGACAUUCCGCACCACACAUGGCCUUCUGUACAGGCUUUAGAAAUGCAAUUUGAGAUACAAGAUGUUGAGAUGAGAGGCGGUCUCUGCAGGCUCAGGUGCUACUUGCUUUUGCGUUUGUGACACAUGAAAGACAAAGAGCAUUAACAACACGACUCUUCAUAUAAUCAGUUACAGUCACUGCUGAAGUUGAAGCUACUUUACUCUUUUAUUAAGCUGUAAAAUAAAACCCCAAAGUAUUCAUCAGCCAAGCAUUGAACUGUUUCUUCAGGUCCAAGUAAGAGCUUUUAAUGUUUGUAUAAAACAGUCUUUCAUGUGUUUGUGCAUCAGGCACUAUGUAUCACAUGCAACCUUUUUGUGAUGAUCAAGCUUUUAUGUAUUAAUAUCCAUAAAAAUGUGUUCACUUGAUAUUUGUUUGCAUGUUUUGUAAACAAAUUAAAUAUUUUUUUCUGUUGCCGAACCAGAAUCUGUGGCGGUGACUAGAUACAGCACGCCUGUUAUUUCAUCAUGGGAAUUAUUGCAAUUAUUGCACAAUAAUUAAUGUCCAAAUGUGUAAAUCAAUCAAUGAAUGAGUACAUUGUAAAUUAGAUUUAGUCAUCUAGUAUGUUAACUUUGAAAGAAUCCACUGGAAGUGUUAGUUUGCCAUCUGCCUUGAAGCUGGUAUGAACAUCACAACUCUUAUUAAUACAGCUCCUUUAUUCUCCUUUAUUACUUAUAAAAAAAUACAUUUUA